AAAAGAGGUUUGACUAUCGCGUAAAUGUGCGCCGAUUGGUAAGUUUUACAAUUCAGCAGUAAACUUAAAGUGUGUAAUUUAAGGAAGUUGCGUACUGUGUGAUCAGAGCUCUAAAUGUUUGGAAUAAAACACUCUUGAAGCAAGAACUAUUGGUAAUUCACCAUGACGUUCCAGUAUAAUUUUGGUCACAAAUACAGAGGUCGUGCCUUAAUCAUCGGCAAUGAGUUUAUUUGGAAAAAGAAAGAAGAAGACGGGAAGAUUCAAUACGUCAUCGAGAGAAAGGGGUGCGCGAAAGACUUGGAGAUGAUGGAAGAACUGUUCAUACGGCUUGACUUCAAAGUAACCAUUCGUAAGAACUUGAAAGCUGAUGACAUGAAAACUGAAUUGCAGAAAGCUGCCAGCUCAGCAGAAAACGAAGACUCUGACUGUUUUGUGCUCGUAAUAAGCACACAUGGUGCAGAAAUCAAAGUAGAGAAGGAAAAAGCUGGUUCGAAGAAAGGCACAGGAAAAAUCCCAGCGGCGAAAGUUUGGAAACACGCUGUACAGGGAGAGGACAAAGAAGAGAUUUUCGUGGAAGAUAUUGUUGACAUGUUUAAUAAUGACAAAACCCGUGGGUUGGCUGGAAAGCCGAAAUUAUUUUUCAUCCAGGCGUGCAGAUCGAGAGGGUCUAGUAACAGUCCCAUCCGCAGAAGGUACGCAAACUUUGACCCGGGUUAUCCUCUCUCUGUUGAAAAGCCGCCACCGUCAAAUCCUACAGGGCAACUGAACAAAAUCUGGAAAUACACAGACGUAGACGUUACUAAAGAGUAUAAAGAAUUGUAUCAACAAUGGCAAGACUUGCAAAGUAAAGUAUGCCACUCCCAUGGAAUUACUUGUGUUACAACAGAAGACCCAAACAAGUUGAAAGGUAAAGCUAAGAUUAACGACACUGAUGAAGAUGGACAGGCAUUAAAAAAAGCUUUUCUGGGUUGUCUUCCUCAGUACUCAAGUACACGAAUGUCUCCCCUGCCGUUUGAUGUUACCCCAAUAAAUUGUCCAAACGAUUUUCUGAUCAUGUACCCAGUUAUGCCAGAAAAAGCAGCGUUUAGGUAUUCUUCAGGAUCGUAUUUUCUUGAGUGUUUGCAUAAAAGUGAACAUGUGUAUCAGCUGAUCAACAGGGCCAACAUACUACAGUACCUUACAAGUGUUAGUCAGGACAUGGCGAUGGAAGAUUUUUUUCCGGACUUGACGAAGAAUUCUGAACCUGAAUUAAGGACAUUGUUGGAGAGUCAUAUUGAGCAUUUGAGCAAAAACAGAGCAAUAUUAGAAAAAGUAUUGAAGAAAAAAAUUACAGGCGAUGAAACCUUGGUAGCAACCAAACUUAAGCGCGAUAUUAACACUUACACGAAAACGGAAAUGCAAGCAAUUCUGUAUGAAAUAUCCCCUUUUAAGGUGACGGCAUGCUUGGUUCAUAGGCUCCGAGGUAGUGUCUCUUUUCUCCCAAAAUCUUCAAAAUCAACAAGCCCUAUGAAAAAAGUUGUAGAUGAUUAUAAAACCAACCACCCGCAAGUCAAAUGUUAGGGACUGGAAACGAUCUGUCGUUUGUCAAUGUAAGACUUUAAAGCGGACAAGCUCGGUCGUAUAUAUUUAAAAAUACAUUCUAUGUUAACAAAAAGUUAUUUAUUGUCGUUUCUAUGUCAUAUAUUGCUCAAUAAAGUCAUGUUAAUUCUUUCCAUUCAUUUUAAAUUAAAGAUUUUAUUCAAUGUUUCUGAAUACCAUUUCCACCGGAGCUACAGCGUGAAGCUGGUCGCACACUUUUUUUUUACCACCCAACAGAUCUGAAAUCAAACUGAAUAUGCACCAUUCUGCUUCUUAGAUUUAACUUUUCAUUCAAAUUUAGUUUUGAAAAUUUUGAUAAAUGUCUAAAUGUGCCAUUGUUUAUGCUGUUUAAUUUACGUAAAGGUGGGUAAUACAAAUGGAUCACUCUAGUCAUCUUACCUGUCUGUAUGGCAUAAAUGCGUGUAUCAGUGCUAUACACUGGGCACGUUAAAGAACCAGGCUGUCUAUUCGCAACGAGCUAGGCUAAGUUAGCCGGACAAGCCUGUAUCUGAUUUCUGAUCUCUCUGUCGUGGGGGCUUUGUCUCACUCUGUCCCUCUGGUCAGAUCGCUCUGUGUCUGUACUAGUAGAGGAUGAAUUAUGCGCCCUGUGUGGCUGCAUUUGAACUAUGUAAAGCGCCUUUGAACGUGAAAUUGAUCAUGAAAAGGGCGCUAUAUAAAUCUGGUAUAAUAAUAAUAAUAAUAAUAAUAAAUGCACUGUGAAUAUUAAAUAAGCACUUUGUCAAUUACAUGUAUGUCCAAUGCUAAAAUGACAUGUCUAUUAUACUGUUAACUAUGUUUUUUGUUUCUGUAUCUCUUUAUAAUAUUUAUUAUAUACGUAAAUAUGAAGAUAUACAGUAAAAACUUCGAAAACCGGGAUCUCCAAAAAGUGGAAUCCUCUGAAAUUAGGAUGAUUUUCAAAGUCCCAAGUUUUUCUCUUAUUUAUUCAAUGUGACAAACAGUCUGAAUACGAGAAACUCUGUUCAAACUCUGUUCAAAUUUUGAAAACCGGACCACAGAGAAAAAUAUAAUAAAAAGAUCUUUGAAAACCGGACAGUAAGUGUCAAACGUUUGUAAAUUGUCAAUUUGAUUUGAUCUUAAAAACAUAAUCUCAAACAGGUGACAUUUUUUGCUUAGCAACUAUAAAUCACCUUAAUAGGUGUAAAAAAAUUAUAUGUGUUUGUAUUUUGUAUGUUAGCUAUUAAGUGAAAAAUAUCUUCAUCUUACAGGGAAAAUUUAAUUAAUUGAUUUGUUGUUGUACAGGUGAUUUUUCAUAAACUUACAGUUUUUUCAAGAAUAUGAAAACGAUAAAUGUUCUUAUUAAUGACUAAAUAUAGCUAUGUUUAUGAUGCUUGUUCCAAGAUCUAUAAGAUCUAGUCUUUUAAUAUCCACACGAUAAGAGAAACAUUCUUUUUAUUAUAAGGUGUCAAUUUAAUUGAUGUUUUCUGUUAAAAUUGAUUUUAAAUUUUAAAAUAUAACAGGGUGCUAAAUAAAUGUUUUGAAAAGAAAAACAUGAAGGACACUGUAUAUUUUGACGUCAGAUGAAAUAAAUAAGAAUACGCAUAUAUAAAUUCUCUCAGAAAUGUUUGCAAAAUCUUCUAAAACCGGAAUCCUCUGGAGACUUCUGACUUGGUCCGAACAGGGUCUGGUGUUUCAGAGAUUUUACUGUAUAAAAUACAGUAUAUGUAUUGGUAAAUAUGUAAGUAAAUGCUUUUCACUUAUGUGAUAUUUCUUUAAUGAAUCGUAUUUUAUAUUCUACAGUCAUUAGCAUAUAUACAAAUUGUUGAACAUGUGACAUUCCUUUUUUUUCCUUGCGUUUUAAUGAUAUAGCUGCUAAUAUUUGAUAGAUUGCAUGCAUAGUAUUGUGAGGGUUAUAGCCCAACUGCAUUGUGUAAAUAGGCGUAUAUUCUUUAUUGUACUUGUAUGUUGCAUGAACGUAUAAUGUACUCUUCAAUUUGUAGGAAAUAAAGAUGUUUAACGGUA